UUAAAAUGGCUUCAAAACAACAAGUUGAGAGUUUUAGCGAAGAACUAAUGUGUCCCAUCUGUCUGAAUUUCUUCACCGAUCCGGUGUCACUGGACUGUGGACACAAUUUCUGCCGCCGCUGUAUCACACGGUGCUGGGAAAGAGAGGAGAGAAACUCCUGUCCGGAAUGUAGAGAGGCGCUUGUUGAUCGGACCCUCAGGGUAAAUCGGGCCUUGGCAAAUCUGGCUGAGAAAGCUCGAAAAUUACAGCCGAAUCGGAAAGAGGAGGAAAGUAAAUUUCACUGCGAGGAACAUGAGGAAGAACUGAAACUGUUUUGUGAAACGGACAAGAAACUGAUCUGUGUGAUCUGUGCAACUGCGCGGGAGCACAAGUCUCACAACUUCAUGCCGGUUAAAGAAGCUGUUGAAAUCUACAAGGCUCAAGUUAAAUCUGCCAUAACAUCUCUCAGGGAAAAGAAAUCGGUGAUCCAGGAAAUGGAACGGGAACAAAGACAGAAGAUUUCCAGAGUCAGGUCUCGCAGCCUGAAGUCCUACAUCACAUCUGAAUUCAUUAGAAUGCAUCAGAUGCUUACGGAGAAAGAGCAGCGCUUACUCAGCGACCUCAGAGAAGAAGAGGGGAAGGUUUUAAAUACAAUGGAGAAACAUCUACGAGACAUUCAAGUGAAUUUAAAUUCCAUGGAUCUAAUACUCUCAACGUUACAGAAACAACUGGAUCAAGAAGACAACGCGAUAUUUCUGAGGGAGGAAGCUUCUCGGAAGAGGAGGAUCAGUGAGGAGAAUCCUGCAAUGUCAGUUGCAGAUGGGGUGCUGCCAGUUGCAAAAUUCGAUCACCCCUUUUUAUUGAACACAGUUUUGUGCGAAUCAUUUGAUGCCAUUAAGCGAGUCCCUGUGACCAUGGAUGUGGAAACAGCGAAUCCGGGGCUCGAGGUGUCUACAGAUCUGAAAGGUGUGAGAUGGAACCCGACCCGAAAGAUUCUCCCUAAUAACAGGAAGAGGUUUACAUACUGGUCCUGUGUGUUGGGAUCGGAGGGAUUCACGUCGGGGAGACAUUACUGGGAGGUGGAGGUGAGGUGGAAUCAGGGCUGGAGGCUGGGAGUCGCCGCAGAGUCUGUGGAGAGGAAGAGAGACAUCAGACUGAUACCGGACACUGGAUUCUGGACCAUCGAGCGGGUUGAUGACGUGCUUCAUGUAAACACUUUCACUCGAUCUGCUCUCCCUGCCGAUCCCAUCCCCAAGGUAGUGGGAAUUUAUCUCAGUUAUGAGUUCGGGACAGUUUCAUUUUACAAUGCGGACACCAAGUCCCAUCUCCACAGCUUCACUGGGAAUGAAUUCAAAGGGAAACUUUAUCCUUUCUUCUGGACUUGGGAUGCAAACUGUCUGAGAAUCUGCUCCGGUUCUGCUCCGGAUAUGUAAAAGGGUCGCGUCCUAGGGUCGGCGUCAGGAGCGGGGCUCAGGGGCUGUGGGGCAGAAACCCCGUUGACAACAGGUUGGCGCCAAACGGGUCCCAUUUAAUCUCCAAAGUCCGCAUUGUCAAACCCCAAUGAGCCUGGAAAUAAAACCGGUGUAAAUAUGAAUGUGGGAAGUGUGAAAUGGAAAGUCGUUGAAAUGCGGUCUAUACUUCCGUGAUUUUAACGCGUGAUCUGUAUCCAAAAAACGGAAAAGAAAUACUUCUGUGAAAAUAUAAAUUUAUUUUGUUCAGAAAUAUACGUUAUUCAUGAAAUAUUUGUGUAUAUAAAAUACCGAAAAUAAAAGACACUGCGAUGUUUCCUUU